UUAAUUGUUUUCGCAACACAUACUUCACACGAACAAACACAUGUGCUGACAAGAGCACAGAGGAGACCAUAUAUAUAUAAAUAGAGUGAGAGAUCACUCUAUUCAUUUCAAGUCAUCUGAGGUUCAGUCACACAUAACAUGAAGAGGAGACAGGUCAGCAUGGAUGUACUUGUGAUUCUGUUGCUUGCACUUCUGCCGGGGCUGUGUGACACUAAAUUGAUGGCAGACAUGAGGAGAUCAGAAAGACAGAUUUCAAGGGAUCUUGCUCUUGGAGGCAAAACGGCCCAAUCUUCUACAUUCAAUUUCCUUGGAUUAGCUAAACAUGCUGUAGAUGGAAACAGAAAUUCCAAUUUUUUGUAUGGGUCAUGCACUCAUACUAACCUUGAGAAUAAUCCGUGGUGGAGAGUGGACUUGAUGGGUGUCUACAAGAUUUCCAGGGUUACCAUCACAAAUCGUGGAGACUGUUGUGGAGAGUGGCUAUCUGGUGCUCAGAUCCGUAUUGGCAACAGCCUAAAUAGCAACGGCAACAACAAUGAGCUGGCUGCAACAAUUUGGUCCAUCCCAAAUGGAGGCACUGAAACAUAUACGUUUAAGCAUAUUAAGGGACGAUAUGUCAACAUUGUUCUACCUGGGAUUUUUAAAAUUCUCAUUUUGUGUGAGGUUGAAGUAUAUAGCAGAUGAAGUGGGAUGAGAUGAAGAUGAAGCACCACAGUCAACUGAGAUCCUGGGAAAAAGACAGAGAAACCAAAAACAAAAACAAAAUAACUUACAAUACUUUUCAGGCUGUGUAAAGUGCAUUACACAUAUCUGUGUUUUGAAUAAACUUGUUUUCAGUGUAUUGAAAAUCCACUUUUUAUGCUGAAGAGCUGUUGUUUUUCAGUACUAAAUAAAAAUGUGAGUGAUCUUA